AAAUUAUCCAUCUUUCUCUGGGAAAGGUGAACCCUAUUGUCUGUUUUUUUUCCCCUUAACUGUUGAUAUUCUCAUUUAGAUGAUGCUUAUAAUUAGAAGCACCAAUCUUUGUAGUAAGCAAAUUCAUUAAAUUCUGAUGAGCACUUCCUAUUGGGAUGAGUAUUAAAUUUGGAGGGGGGCUGUGGAUAGACAUUUGACAGUGUUAAGUUCUUUGCCAUGCAGAGAAAAACACAUUAGGAAAGAGAAGCUAAAAAUCUCAUCUUCCCGUGUUCCAAUGGUUACUUUAAAUAAUUAAUUUAAAGAAUGGAAUAAUGGCCUUUCAGACUGGAAUGGACUUUGGAAAUCCUCUGGUCUAAGCCCCUCCUUUACAGGUGAGGUCGGUGAAGCUUGAAAAUGUUAGGUAAUAGGCCCAUGCAGCUUGUUUGUGGAAAGAGCUGAGCUGGAACUCAGCUGACUCUGAUCAGUGCUCUUUCCUUCAACUCUUCUCUCCUCAUUUAAGGCAUUCCAGUGUCUUUUUAAGGAGUUAACUUUCUUGAUCAUUCACUGAAAUGAAAAAGCUAGGCUCUUUUGUUUUUCUUCUGUGUUGGAGUGGAAGGCACGUCCACUAUGUACACUAGCCACCUCUUGGUUCUGUUGUCUCGAUAGCCCUUCACCUUGCCCUUUUUCCCUACCCUCUGCCCCCAAAUUGCUCUCCCCCUCCCCUUCAAACACUGUUAUCUUUGGAAAUGUGUGUGUGCACUUCCCAGCCUGGCUUGGAUCCAGAGCAAGGUGACUUGUGGUUUAAUGGAGUUUUUCCAUAGUGCUUGAUUUUGCCCAAGGGUGUGGAAGGUUGGACAACUAACAGGAAACUCUCAUCCUUUGCCCUUUCAGCAGGUCUAUGUUCUAUUAAUAAAUGGAAGAAUUGAGGAGUAACAAGGAAGAAAAAUAGGCAGAAACUCCGCUUCAAGUACUUGUCUACCUCCUGGAAAAGUUCAAGGCUCUUGUUCAAUGUCUGAACUUUCUCCUUGUGAUUCACUUGUAGUCCUUAAGUCAUCUUCAGACAUCUGCUCAAGGAAGCAUCAGAGGAAAAUAAAAAGUUGGGUAUUUGCAAUGAAGCCAGUGCCCUGCCUCACAGGAGUCGGUGGAGAAUGUUUUUUUCUUUGGUGCUGGGUGAUCAGAGUGGGAGCCUGUACAGGAAGCCUUUCUUGCUGCAGGGGCUACUGUGCGUAAGAGCUCACCCUUUCAUAUUUCAUUCCUCAGCAGACAUUGUGAGGGACAGGCCUGUUUUUUCCAAUCUAGCACUUACCCUCAGACCCUCCUAAGUACCCAGGAGGCCCGUGUUUUUAAUCAGAGGUUGAAACAGAACCUCCCACUGGGUGCCCGAAGAGUCCCGUUGGGGCAGCGCUCCCCCCGCUUCUGGAGGGCAACAUCCUGGUGGGGGUGGGGGCUCAGCUUUGCUCCCAGGGCACCUUUUGUCCCUGGAGACGCCCUGCCAACCAGGCAUGUGGAGGAAAAGUGCUGUCCGCCUUCCAGGGCGGCAAGUGUGGGUUUUGGGAGCAGGACCAUCGCUUUGGAGUAGCGGGGCGCGGGAGCCAGCGAACACCGAAAUGAUGGAAGAAUUGCAUAGCCUGGACCCACGACGGCAGGAAUUACUAGAGGCCAGGUUUACCGGAGUUGGUGUUAGUAAGGGGCCACUCAAUAGUGAGUCUUCAAACCAGAGCUUGUGCAGCGUGGGAUCCUUGAGUGAUAAAGAAGUAGAGACUCCUGAGAAAAAACAGAAUGACCAGCGAAACCGGAAAAGAAAAGCUGAACCGUAUGAAACUAGCCAAGGGAAAGGCACUCCUAGGGGACAUAAAAUUAGUGAUUACUUUGAGCGACGAGUAGAACAGCCCCUCUAUGGUUUGGAUGGCAGCGUUGCGAAGGAGGUGUCGGAGGAGCAGUCUGCCCUGCCAACCCUGAUGUCAGUGAUGCUAGCAAAACCCCGGCUUGACACAGAGCAGCUGGCGCAGAGGGGAGCUGGCCUCUGCUUCACUUUUGUUUCAGCUCAACAAAACAGUCCCUCUUCUACAGGAUCUGGUAACACAGAGCAUUCCUGCAGCUCCCAGAAACAGAUCUCCAUCCAGCACAGACAGACCCAGUCUGACCUCACGAUAGAAAAAAUAUCUGCACUAGAAAACAGUAAGAAUUCUGACUUAGAGAAGAAGGAGGGAAGAAUAGAUGAUUUGUUAAGAGCCAACUGUGAUUUGAGACGGCAGAUUGAUGAACAGCAAAAGAUGCUAGAGAAAUACAAAGAACGAUUAAAUCGAUGUGUAACAAUGAGCAAGAAACUGCUUAUAGAAAAGUCAAAACAAGAGAAGAUGGCAUGUAGAGAUAAGAGCAUGCAAGACCGCUUGAGAUUGGGCCACUUUACCACUGUCCGACAUGGGGCCUCUUUUACUGAACAGUGGACAGAUGGUUAUGCUUUCCAGAACCUUAUCAAGCAACAGGAAAGGAUAAAUUCACAGAGGGAAGAGAUAGAAAGACAACGGAAAAUGUUAGCAAAGCGGAAACCUCCUGCCAUGGGACAGGCCCCUCCAGCAACCAACGAGCAGAAACAGCGGAAAAGCAAGACCAAUGGAGCUGAAAAUGAAACGUUAACAUUAGCAGAAUACCAUGAACAAGAAGAAAUCUUCAAACUCAGAUUAGGUCAUCUUAAAAAGGAGGAAGCAGAGAUCCAGGCAGAGCUCGAAAGGCUAGAAAGGGUUAGAAAUCUACAUAUCAGGGAACUAAAAAGGAUACAUAAUGAAGAUAAUUCACAAUUUAAAGAUCAUCCAACGCUAAAUGACAGAUAUUUGUUGUUACAUCUUUUGGGUAGAGGAGGUUUCAGUGAAGUUUACAAGGCAUUUGAUCUAACAGAACAAAGAUAUGUAGCUGUGAAAAUUCACCAGUUAAAUAAAAACUGGAGGGAUGAGAAAAAGGAGAAUUACCACAAGCAUGCAUGUAGGGAAUACCGGAUUCACAAAGAACUGGAUCAUCCCAGAAUAGUUAAGCUGUAUGAUUACUUUUCACUGGACACUGACUCGUUUUGUACAGUAUUAGAAUACUGUGAGGGAAAUGAUCUGGACUUCUACCUGAAACAGCACAAAUUAAUGUCGGAGAAAGAGGCCCGAUCCAUUAUCAUGCAGAUUGUGAAUGCUUUAAAGUACUUAAAUGAAAUAAAACCUCCCAUCAUACACUAUGACCUCAAACCAGGUAAUAUUCUUUUAGUAAAUGGUACAGCGUGUGGAGAGAUAAAAAUCACAGAUUUUGGUCUUUCCAAGAUCAUGGACGAUGAUAGCUACAAUUCAGUGGAUGGCAUGGAGCUCACGUCACAAGGUGCUGGUACUUAUUGGUAUUUACCACCAGAGUGUUUCGUGGUUGGAAAAGAACCACCAAAGAUCUCAAAUAAAGUUGAUGUCUGGUCAGUGGGUGUGAUCUUCUACCAGUGUCUUUAUGGAAGGAAGCCUUUUGGUCAUAACCAGUCCCAGCAAGACAUUCUACAAGAAAAUACUAUUCUGAAAGCUACUGAAGUGCAGUUUCCGCCAAAGCCAGUAGUAACACCUGAAGCCAAGGCGUUUAUUCGACGAUGCUUGGCCUACCGAAAGGAGGACCGCAUCGAUGUCCAGCAGCUGGCCUGUGACCCCUACUUGCUGCCUCACAUCCGAAAGUCGGUCUCCACAAGUAGCCCUGCUGGAGCUGCUAUUGCAUCAACCUCUGGGGCGUCCAAUAACAGUUCUUCGAAUUGAGCCCCACUCCUAGGCCACAAACUGUUCAAUGCACACAAAGUGGACAAAUGGCUUUCAGCAGCGGGUUUGGAAUACAGCGAAUCCGAAUGGAUCUCAUGAAACCUGUACCAGGUGCUUUUAUUUUCUUGCUUUUUUCCCAUCCAUAGAGCAUGACAGCAUCGAUUCUCAUUGAGGAGAAGCCUCGGGCAGCUCUGGCCAGGCCUCAUAGGAAAAGGCCCCGCCCGAGGUUCCGGCGUCAACGGCCACUGCGUGUGGCUGCUCUGAGUGAGGAAAAAAUUCAAAAGAAAAACUGGUUCCAUGUACUGUGAACUUGAAAACAUGCAGACUCAGGGGGGGUCCCUGAUGCAGUGUUUCAGAUGAAGAAUGUGGACUUGAAAAUACAGACUGGGCUAGUCCAGCGUCUAUAUUUAAACUUGUUCUUUUCUUUUAAUAAAGUUUAGGUAACAUCUCCUGGAAAGCUUGUAGCACAGAGGCUCAGCUGGGGAUGGUAUUUGACUUCGGAGAAAAAAGUUGCUAUUGCCCGUUAAAGGCACUAGAGUUAGUGUUUUAUCCCUAAAUAAUUUCAAUUUUUAAAAACAUGCGACUCCCCCCCUCCUUUUUUAUUUUUGAAAGAAUACAUUUGGUCAUGAGGUGAAACCCGUAUUAGCAAGUACGUGGCGGUGUUCAUUCCAGUCAGACGCAGCUUUCUCCUCCGUCUGGUCUCCCGUGUGCCAUUGCUUCCCUGUCCCACGAGGGAAAACUUGGAGUGGGAGUCCUGAGGGGUGUGGGGUUUUGCCAUUGGACAAAGAAUGAGCUUAGAAGACUGCAGCUUGGGUCUCUCUAGGUUUUCAACUAUUCACAAUUUGAACACUUGACGGUUGUCCCUUUUAAUUUAUUUGAAGUGCUAUUUUUUUAAAUAAAGGUUCAUCUGUCCAUGCA